UGACCCGUUCGGUCACACCCAAUCGACACACACUUCGGGAUCUUCUGCUCCUUCGCCUGCUUUCUGCUCUCUUCUCGUCGUGACACAGACGCCGACGCAUCUCCAAGCUACGCUUCCCCUUUCUGCUACGUGCGAUAUAAAAUGUCUCGAAGGUAUGAUAGCCGUACGACGAUAUUCUCCCCAGAAGGUCGUCUCUACCAAGUUGAGUAUGCAAUGGAGGCCAUUGGAAAUGCUGGAACCGCUAUAGGGAUUUUAUCAAAGGAUGGAGUUGUUUUGGUUGGCGAAAAGAAGGUUACUUCCAAACUCCUUCAAACUUCGACAUCAACUGAGAAGAUGUAUAAGAUUGAUGACCAUGUGGCAUGUGCUGUUGCUGGAAUAAUGUCGGAUGCCAACAUCCUUAUCAACACGGCUAGGGUCCAAGCCCAGCGUUAUACAUUUGCUUACCAAGAGCCAAUGCCUGUUGAACAGCUUGUCCAAUCUCUAUGUGACACCAAACAAGGCUACACACAAUUUGGUGGGCUCCGUCCAUUUGGUGUAUCAUUUCUGUUUGCAGGCUGGGACAAAAAUUUUGGUUUCCAGCUUUACAUGAGUGACCCAAGUGGAAACUAUGGUGGUUGGAAGGCUGCAGCAGUUGGGGCAAACAACCAGGCGGCACAAUCAAUGCUUAAGCAGGAUUACAAGGAUGAAAUCACAAGGGAAGAAGCGGUUGAGCUUGCACUGAAAGUGCUCAGUAAGACAAUGGACAGCACAAGUCUUACUUCAGAUAAGCUGGAAUUGGCUGAAGUCUUCGUAUUGCCUUCUGGAAAAGUUAAGUACCAGGUAUGCUCACCAGAAUCCUUGAGUAAGCUGUUGGUGAAGUUGGGAAUGACCCAACCUGCUGCUGAGGCUUCCUAAGAUAUCUGUUUUCGUUUAGAUAUUUUUCAGAACCUAUCUAGCACAUGCUGCUAUUUUAAAUUGUAUGCUUCAUUUUGUACGACAGUAAAAACAGGUUAAGAUUCUUCCUCAGGUACAAUUGCUCCUUCAUUUGAUCUUCUUAUGUUUGAUUAACUAGAUACUUUGUUCCUUUGGGUAGCUGCUGUAGAUUGUGAUGGGCUGAGUUUCUAUGA